AUGGCUGCUGUUCCAGGAGACCCUAGGGCCGUAUCAGACCCACUUCCCUUCAGGAAAGAGCAGCUGUGUUGCUGCACUGGCUGUGACACUAAUCUGAGUGCUCCUUUUCAUGGCUCUACUGAGGAAGAAACAGAUCAAGGGGGCUCCUAUUCAGUACAGACGCCCUAUGGAUUCCAGCUGGACCUUGAUUUUCUCAAGUAUGUUGAGGAAAUAGAGAGUGGACACAACAUUCGUAGGGCUAAUGUGAACCCUCGGAGGGGAUCCCGGGGUGACCGUGGGUAUCAGAGGAAUUUAAGUGUUGGUGGUCGGGCCAGUGGCUGGACCUCCACUGAGUCCCUUUCCUCAACAACCAGUGAGAAUGGCCAAACUAACCCACCUUUUCUCCAGAGCCCUAUCACACCACCUAGUAAAUCACAACCACUUUCCCCAUUACCAGUCAUUAGUCCCAGUACUUGCUCUAAAGUGCCACCACCGCCUCCACCACGUAACCCUAGGGUUGAGAGAACGCUCCUUGAAACUAGUCUUCGGCUCCAGCAGGAGCAAAGUCAGUUUUUCAAUGGAUUAGGCUCUGAUUUGUCCAACCUUUCAAAAGGGAGUUUCAAAGCCGGUGGAUCUAAUAGGGACUUCUCUCCAGCUUCUUCCCAGCUUGCUUCAGAUGCCCAAUUGCUACAGAUAUCACCUGUUGUCCAGAACCCCCUUUCUGGGGUCUGGACCAAAGCAAGUCCUCAGACAUCUGGAAGGAGCACGCCAGCCUCCAACUCAGGAACACUGCCUCCUGGGCAGCUUCAUACAGUGCGAGAACAGAUGGCCACUGCCCUUAGGCAGCUAAGAGAGAUGGAGGAGAGAGUGAAAGGACUACCAGUUCUAGAAAGAGAAGUUUCCAUGCUCCGUGCCGAAAAAGAAAGGUUGGCUAAUGAACUUCAAAAGAAAACAGAGGAACUUGAUGCAACGCUCAAACUGCGAGUCUCCACUGAGGCAGCAGUAGGUGCCUCUCAACCAGGAUCCAAACCAUCACCAUCACUUUGGAAUAAAAAGCCAGAAUGCAAAAGUACUGAACAAGACAAAAUGGAAAUAAAGAAACUAGCCAUUACUCGUGUAGAAAAAAGAUCCAUAGCAGUAGGCAGUGACAAUCCCAUUGAGACUGUAGUUAUUUACAAUCGCCAAGCGGUCAAGGAUGCUGCUGUCGAAGCUACUGUUGAUGUUUGUCAUGCAACUAUUGAGACUGAGACUAGUGUCAUGCAUGAUGCGGGAAAUCAGACUGGAGUGGCUACAGAAGAUGCGGCAGUUUGGGUAAUAGAAUCAUUUCUAGGGCUACAAAGUGAGACAGAACGAGAAAUUGACACCCUGCAGCAUACUGUCAAAUUUCAACAGGAGUCAAUGCAGGUUCUCGAGACAAGAUUAACUCAAGCCAACCAAGAUCUUGAAGCUUUAAAGGCUCAAGAAAUUGAGAGGGCAUCCAAGAUUAUGCUGGACAAAGAGACAAUAGCAAAACCACAGACAGCAAAUGCCCAAUCGGAAACAUUUCUUGAAGUUUUUUCAGUUGGAGUGUUGUUUCCAGAUGCGACUGACCAGGAGUACUUUUCGAAAAAUGACCAAAGCAUUCAAACAGAUCCUGUGGAAACUUUAAAGGAAAAAACAGUGGAGCUAGUAAGCAUUGGUAUACAGUGGGAAUGUCUUAAUGAUACACAAGAUGCUGAAGAACAGACAAUGUCUGCAGAGGCUGCAGGCCCUCUGAAAUCUAUCAUGAAGAGGAAGGAUGGGAGUGGUGCUGGCGCAGCUUCCAGCGGUGGCAAAAAGAGCCUGAAGUUUGUUGGAAUUCUAAAUGGAGGAUAUGAGUCAACUUCUAGUGAAGAGGAUGAGGAAGAGGAUGAAGAGAGUUCCUCAGAUGGAAGUGAGGCUGGUGCGUGUUCAGACAGCAGUGUGGAAGAAGGGGCAGCUCUAGAGGAUACAUCUGAUGAAGAGAUGAAUAUAAAUUUGGAAGAAUCUGACAGUGAUUCAAAGGACCAGGAAGAGGAAGUGAAGGAAAAGUUUGAACUAAGUCCCAAAAUGCGUGAGGCUUGUCUAAUUUUGAAGAACCACCUUAAUGACGGAGCGAAAUCAGUGAAGAGUAAAGAAGUGUUGUCCAGCACUCACAGCGUUCAGCUGGAGUGGUUCAGAGUGUCCAGUGCAAAGAUGGCCCAGCCGUCACGUGUGUCAAAUUACCUGAUGGCUUUCUCAGAGGUCUCCCCCGUCCUGCUGGAGCACGUAGUCAACAUGACGGAUGGCAACGGCAACACUGCCUUACACUACAGCGUCUCCCAUUCCAACUUCGCCGUGGUGGACCUACUCCUCGACACAGGCAUGUGCAACGUUGAUCAGCAGAAUAAAGCCGGAUAUACUGCUGUGAUGCUGGCAGCGCUUUCAGCAGUGAAGGAGGAGGACGACAUGGCAGUGGUCCAGAAACUCUUCCGUCUGGGCAACGCCAAUGCCAAGGCCAGCCAAGCGGGACAGACGGCUCUGAUGCUGGCCGUGAGUCACGGGCGUCAGGAGAUGGUGCGAGCGCUGCUGGACUGCGGUGCUGAUGUGAACAUCCAGGACGACGAAGGCUCCACUGCUCUGAUGUGUGCGAGCGAACACGGUCGGGCUGAGAUUGUGUCCUUACUGCUGGAGCAGCCGGCGUGUGACAUCUCAGUCGUGGACAAUGAUGGCAGUAAUGCUCUCUCCAUUGCUCUGGAGGCGUCCCACAAUGAUAUUGCUGUUCUACUGUACGCUCACAUGAACUACUCGAAGACACAGGCAGACGUAUCAUCGAAAGCAGUCUCCCGAAGCCCGUCCACUCCUAGAAAAACAUGGCCCUCAGAGUAACACAUGGACACAUUAAGAACAAAAUGAAAAUAAAAACAUUACUAACUAGCUUUACUGGAGUAUUAUAACAAUUUCUGUCUUAUAAGUUUAUACAUAUAAAUAUGUUUAUAUUGUAUUCAUUUUUAUCCACGUAUUUAAUGCACUAUAAUGCAACAUAAACACAUUAACGUAGGCAAGACCAAUAACUUUACUUAUUUUUAAUCUUCAACAGGUGUAUCUUCUAUAGUAAUUUCUUACUGCCAUGAUGUCAGUGUUUAAAUUAGGGAAAUAAGGUAUUUGGGAUAACUGCAGCUUAGCUGUAAUCUUAUUGUGAUUACAUGGUUCACAAGCUAAACAUUUGUUUUGAUUAGCGGUCAGAAAAACUGCAAAGUGCAAAUCAUUCAUGAGCAUGAAAUAUUGCAGCAGAUUAGGGUGAAUCAUUCAUAUUUGCUUUAUAAACUUAAUUAUUAAACACACAUCGUGGCUUCAUAACACAGGCAACCUGCAACUGCUAUAAUUAUGUGCUGUUUGGAAAAGGCCAGCAACAAACAUGAACUCCGCCCUUGUUUUCUUUUACAGUGAUUUAUUUUUUUUAUCCUCUGAUCUAAUUGGAUAAAACUCAGCCGUUAAAAAUACAGUCUGUCAUGUCUGGGGCUGAUGGUGGCCCAUUAGCUGAGCGUUUAUUUUUUUAAUCUAGUUUUUGAACCGAAAGGACAUUGCCUAACUUUGGAAAAGAGAAACAUUUGCCUUGAGAUGUUGACGGAUCACAGAAAGGAACUGAACUGAACUUAAGAACUAUAACUGAAUGAAAUCAGCCAGGAAUGGCCCCAAAACACAAAUACCAAUUUGGACAAAUCAAAGCAAAUGG